CUUGCGGUGCCGCGAGGUAUAACGGGUGUUGCAGUCCCACGACCCUACGGGCUGGUCCAGCUACCCGCAGGAUGUCGAAGGUGCAGCUGCCACAACUGCGCACCUUAGAUGACUUUCUUCUGGGGUCGGCGCGUCUGGCGGCUCCCGAUCCAUGCGACCCGCAGCGAUGGUGUCACCGCGUCAUCAACAAUCUCCUUUACUACCAAGCUAAUUACCUUCUCUGCUUUGGCAUCGGUCUUACUCUGGCUGGGUAUGUACGUCCACUGCACACGCUCCUGAGCGCGCUGACAGUGCUGGUGGCCCUCGGGGUGCUGGUGUGGGCUGCUGAGAACCGCGCAGCUGUGCGCCGCUGCCGCCGCAGCCACCCCGUUGCCUGUCUAGCCACAGUGCUUGCCGUCAGCCUCCUCAUUCUCUGGGUCGUGGGCGGCGCUGGUACCUUCCUGCUCAGCAUCGCCACUCCGGUGCUUUUGAUCCUGCUGCAUGCCUCCCUGCGUCUGCGCAAUCUUAAAAACAAGAUUGAGAACAAGAUGGAGAGCAUUGGUCUGAAGCGAACACCAAUGGGGCUGCUAUUAGAGGCGCUGGGACAAGAACAAGAGGCUGGAUCCUAGGGACUUGGCAUCUGUACCCCAGACCUGGAAAACCCCCACCCCAUACCCGGCACCCAAAGCCCUCUGGCCAGUCAAAAGAACAGGCUGUCUAUGACUGCUAAAUCAAAAGGUAGAAUAUCCUUUUCCCUCAAGCCCUUAUUACCUAGGGACCAGUCUUCUCCAACCCUAAAUUUGGAACUCAGAGCUACCUACAUCCAGCCCCAAAACUCGGUAUUGAAACUAGAGUAUUCAUGACCAAUCUCAAACCAUGGACCCCAGAAAUACUCCUUUAACCCUGGAGCUUAUUUCUCUACCAUGCUCAGCCUUUAAAAAGUGGGGCUCUAGGCAAGACACUGUUACAUCUUGAAACCUGGACCAAGGAUUUUCAAACCACACCUCAGUUUGGAACCCAGGGGGAGACAUUGGCAAAUCUUGAGCCCAAGCCCCAAAUGUUCUCAGCCCCUUGCCUGGGUGGUCAGGUAUGCUGGCCCUGUUGAACCCUUGAUCCUGGAUGACUAACCCUCACCAGUCCCAGUAGCCUCCCUCCCCUGUAGUGUUCCACAGUGUCAAGGACCAAAGUGUUGGGGGGGCCAGGGACAGCCCCAGUUGGGAAUGGGAUAGAUAUAUAGAGAGAGUGAGUCAGUGUCGCUGAAACAAUAAAGCCGUUAAAUCUUA